CACCCUUGUAUCUCUUGGAAAUUUUGUAACCCCCCUCCUUCCUCUUCUGUUAAAUUUCCAACCCAACCCCAUUUUUUGUCUCCCCAAUCUAUCUGACCUUCUCACUCUGUUUUUAUAUGUACAUAUAAACCCUUUUUCACUUUAAACCAACUAUUCACUCAUUCUUCCAUGGAUGCCUUCUUCCUUUCACCAUCUUCCUUCUCCAUCUUAUUCCUUUUAACUAUUUUCCAGCUGUCUUACGCCCGAGAUGAUUUCCACUUUACUUCAUGCGCUCCAUUUGAUUGUGGAAACCUUGUUAAUAUUUCAUAUCCUUUCUGGACCCAUCAAUAUAAUCGACCUUCAUAUUGCGGUUACGGUGAUGAAGGGUAUAAGCUGAAGUGCAGGCAGAAUCAGCCCCCUGUUAUGACGCUCAGUUCCCAAGAAUUCUAUGUGCUGCAUCUCAAUCGGUCUCAUAGUUUGUUGACAAUCAGACGAGUGGAAUUAAACAACACCUGUCCUCAGCCGAUUUUGAUGAACAAUGCUUUUAAUUAUACUGAAACUGCUGAAAACAUUAAGCUGGUCUACGACUGCCGAAGCAGGGGAGGUCCGAAUCAUCGUUUCAGCUGCAGAAAGGGUGGAAAAGAAACUUCCCUCAUGUUCUUUAAGGAGGAUGAAAAUGAAUGUAUUGGAAACAGUGAACAAGUUGAAAUUCCUAUUGGGAAAAAGGCCUUUGAUGAUCUGAUUGGCGGAAUCAGCACUGUUAAUGAAAGUUUAGUCCAACCCUUUGAUAUUAGAUACUUUGCAUACGAUCCUUAUUGCAAACACUGCAAGGAUUCUGGCGGAAGAUGUGGACACAACCAAACUGAAACCUCUGCAUUUGUCUGCAAUUGUCGUGAUAAGCCUCAUUUACUUGAAUGCAACCAAGGCCGGAGUGGUUCUAACUCAGGAAGGAAGCUUGCAAUUGCUUUUGGUGGCGGAUCAAUUAGUUUACUAGUCACCUGCAUCAUCGCAUUCUAUUUCAGAAGAAGGAUCCCAUUCAUUAUCGCAAGAAAUUCUUUUUGGAAGUUCACAAAAAGUGAUACAAAUAUAGAGGCUUUCAUAAGAAAUAAUGGAACUUUAUCUCCCAAAAGAUAUAGUUACUCAGAUGUCAAGAAAAUAACAAAAUCAUUUAAAGAAAAACUUGGUAAAGGGGGUUAUGGAACUGUGUACAAAGGAAAGCUACUAGAUGGCCAUCUUGUUGCUGUUAAACUUCUCAAUACAACCAAAGGAAACGGUGAAGAAUUUAUAAAUGAGGUUGCAAGUAUUAGUCGAACUUCUCACGUUAACAUUGUCUCUCUCUUAGGAUUUUGUUCAGAGGGUCGAAAAAGAGCUCUUAUUUAUGAGUUCAUGCCCAACGGGUCUUUAGAACUAUUCAUUCACAAAAAGGAUAUCAUGAAUGAUCGUCCACAUUUGUCAUCAGAAGAAUUGUUCAAAAUUGCAAUUGGAAUAGCUCGAGGGCUUGAAUACUUGCAUCGUGGCUGCAACACUAGGAUAUUGCAUUUUGACAUAAAACCUCAUAAUAUACUUCUAGAUGAAAAUUUUCUCCCGAAAAUCGCUGAUUUUGGGCUUUCAAAACUAUGCACCACAAAGGAUAGUAUUGUAUCAAUGUUGGAAGCUAGAGGGACAAUUGGUUACAUAGCUCCAGAAGUGUUCUGCAGAAAUGUUGGAGGUGUUUCACAUAAAUCCGAUGUCUAUAGCUAUGGAAUGAUGAUUCUAGAGAUGGUUGGAGGAAGAAAGAACAUUGAUGUUGGAGUAAGCCGAAAUAGUGAGGUAUAUUUUCCUCAUUGGAUCUAUGGGUAUGUUGUGCAAGACAAUAUAGAACCACAAUUGCUAGAUCUCAGGACUAGAGAUGAAACUAAGAUUGCAAGGAAGAUGAUAUUAGUGGGAUUGUGGUGCAUACAAAUGAACCCAUUGGACAGGCCUUCGAUGAGCAAGGUGAUAGAGAUGCUGGAAGGAAGCUUGGAAGUUUUGCAAAUUCCACCUAAGCCUUACAUGUCUUCUCCUUCAAGAUCACCGGUGGAUUCUACCUUCUUAACAUUAUCCUGAUAUAUUAUGCAUCCUUAGAGCAAUCUAUGUACUUAUAUUUAUGUUGUUGAGAAGAAAAUUACUUUUCCUCUAAAAUAUUAAAACCUUUCUAGUUUAAUGUAAGUUCAGAUCAUAAAAUAGUUUAAGAGAUAA